GUCUGGCCGUGGUAAACAGACGUCAGAAGGGAGUCUUCGCCUCGAGUCAAAACAAAACACGAAAGAUCGUUUGCCUAUGUCCAUUAACAGCACAGGGGAAUGAUAUAGUUUUAAAUCUCACUGACGACCAAGUUACUGAAGAUAUGCUGGUUUCUUCUGACUUUUACCGGAGGGAUUUUAACUCAUAAAAAGAGGAGUUGGCUAACUAGGUGGCCAUCUAGUUACUCUCUCCGUAGUAAAACUACGCUUUCGAGUUUUGUCCCACACGCCGACGGAUUUGCGACUGAAUUCAUGAAGCAGGCGAGCUACAACUUUUCGUCAUAUUUUGAAGAAUCGUUUGGACGUCGAGUGUAUUUGUAUUUGGGAGGACUUCUACAAGACGGACGCAUUCGGCUUACAGUGCCUGCGCGAGCAUCGUGUGUAGCUGCGUCUCGAGGAACAUGGCAGAUGGUGACACGCGAAACUUGAACGACAAUAACACAGAUUUUUCCCUCUUUUUCUUUUUUGAUCAAACCCAAAAAACAACCCAUUAUGAUCGAACACGCCUGUAAUACAUUGACUUGGUAUUUUUUAUUAUAACAUUUUGAGUGUGAUGAAUUUUUAAGUUUAAAAGUGCUUUUUUCCUGUCGGCUUCUUUAUUCGAAUUAACAUUAUUUCUCAAAGCAUUCGAGUUGUGCGAACUUGAGAUGCAUUUAUUUUUUAUUAAACCUUAAUUUUCAUGUUUUAGCUUAAUAAUGGAUCCCGAGCAACAAAAUAAUAUGACAGGCGGUCAAUUGACUUUGACAGGCAGCUCAAACAAUUAAUUCCCACUCACUUAAAUUCGUUUACAAGGACAGUAUUCUUGCAUUAUAUAGUAAUUGCGCUAGAAACACGAAAAGACUUAGUUUACAAAAGUGGUUAGUAUAGGACGUGAUGCUUUCAGAUGAUAGUGGUUUAUUUGUGGAAAUAAGCAGGUUGUAGUUGGUCUACUCUAAAUUUUCUAGAUCUAGAGUCUAAUUGCGAAAUCCAAUCCACCAUUCGCUGCUAGAAUAGGAAACAGUGGGAGGUGAUUGUUUGAUAGCAAUUACAGCACUUAUUCCCAUUGGUUUUGCAAUUUUACUUAUUUAACUCCUCUCUACAUAAAUGAUCCGAUUGAAUACUUUUUCAGGGUUUUUUGUUUUGUUUCUUUAGUGUUUAUGAAGAACACAUCUGGUAUAAAAUUUCAUAGGCCGUCCCGUCACUCCAGCGUGUCCUCGUGAUAUAUUUUCAAUCCAUCUCUUUUGAUGUACUGAUGCUACUGUAGUGAAUUUCCUUUGUUCUUUCUACAUAAACAAAGAGAGCCCUCUUCUAUCCUUGUUUGCUCUGUGUAAAUCAGAAGGUUUAUGUUAGUUACUAUUAAGGAGAUUAUUUGUCCCCUUUAAUCUCCAAUCUGAGGAUUAACUGACGCUAUAUUGGUGUGUUCAGAUUAUACGAAUUUGCUCCAUUACCCUUGAGAUGGGAUCGGUUCGUUACGGUUAAAUUUGGUGUUCACUAUAGUUAUAUAUCUGUAUAACUGUUUACUUGUGAUACUUAUACUGUAGUGUAAUAUUUCAGUCAACCGUGGAAAAUCCCAAAUACCUAAACAAAAUUAUUGCACAAGUACUGGAUUUUUGUAUAGUUAUAUUUAGUAAUCUGUCGUACUCUUACUUUUAUCCCCCAUUCUGCUAUUUUAUUUUAACUUAUAUAUAUAUAUAAAAUCGCCAGAAAACAAGUUAAUUUAAAUAUAGUCUUCGUUUGAAAUUGUCUGAAUUGCAUCGCACAAUGGAGGAAGAAAACAUACCCCCGACUGACCCAGAUUUUGAGCCGCAGAGCAGACCGAGGUCAUGUACAUGGCCGUUGCCUAGACCCGACAUCUCAGCUGUCAAAGCAGGGGGUGCAGACGGCUCAGAGUCCGCUGCAGGAAGUCCGCCCACCGAGGAAGACAAACACGAGCCUCAACCAAUCAUAUCCGAGCCUGACAAAGUUGCGCUCUCAGAGGGCGGGGUCAUCGCAGGAGUGGGCGGAGCAACGCCUCGUAAAGGCUCUUCCCGGCGUAAUGCGUGGGGUAAUCAGUCUUACGCAGAUCUGAUCAGCCAGGCGAUUGAAAACUCGCCAGAAAAACGACUUACUCUGGCACAGAUCUACGAUUGGAUGGUAAAAACGGUGCCGUACUUUAAAGAUAAAGGCGACAGUAACAGUUCAGCUGGGUGGAAGAACUCCAUUCGCCACAACUUGUCCCUCCACAACAAGUUCCUGCGAGUGCACAAUGAGUCCACAGGAAAGAGCUCAUGGUGGAUGCUUAAUCCUGAGGGGGGUAAAACCGGCAAGGCCCCUCGCCGCCGUGCCGCCUCAAUGGACAACAGCAGUAAACUGCUUAAAAGUCGUAUUCGGGCAAAGCAGACUAAAAAGCAGGCUGGAGCGGGUGGGAUUGGAGGCUCUGGAGGUGCCAUGCAGGGUGAUGGUGUUUCUGCCACUGGAGGUGGAGACAGUCCUGGGCCUCCGGGCCAGUUUGGGAAGUGGGGAGUAAACAGCAGCAGCCCCUCCUCUCGUGGUAGCCUGGAUGACCCUGACAUGUGGACAAGCUUCAGGCCACGUACAAGCUCAAAUGCCAGCACACUUAGUGGUAGGCUGUCUCCCAUUGCCACAGGGCAAGAAGAUGAGGAUGAAUUACCUGAGGAUGGGCUUCUUGGUGGGUAUUCCACAGGUAAUCUUCCCCCAACACUAACUGAGACCCUCAUGGAAGAACUGGACUUGAUCGAUGGGCUUACUUUAAUGACAGGUCCGCAAGGGGGUGCAAGCCCAAGCACAGCUCCCCCAGCUCCCCCUCAGCCACUGCCCUCUGCAUCCACUCUGCUGCCUCGAGGGUCCAGCUUUCCUUCAUUUAGACCGUUGCAGCCAACGAAGGCUUCACAGGGGUCAACUCCACCAGGGCCACAGAGCUCGGUCCAGUCGAGUGCUCGAUCCAGCGCAAGCCCUUCCACCUUUGGAAACUCCCUCUUUAACCCUCUGCCUGGUCCUGGAUCCCACAGUAGUUUCAGUACUCAUGUGCCCUCCAGCCUUGAGGCUCUCCUUACCUCUGACUCACCCCCACCCAGUGAUGUCAUGAUGAGCCAGAUGGAUCCUCUCAUGCCGAGUCAAAGAGGCACGAGUCUUUUAGGGCUUGAGGGAUCUAUGUCCAGCAGCCAGGCAAAGCCAGGUCAAAUGAUGUUGAGCAAGACCAUGGAUGCAAGCACAGUGGGGCAAAUGACACUCCAGCCUCAACCCCAACUCCAGCACUCACAAAUGGGCUUUGGUAUGAUGCACUCAGGCAUGGGCCAGGAGCCAUCUCCGCUCACAACUAUGAAGACACAGCAUCAGUUGCCAGGGGGUGGGCAUCUACAACAUGGAACUUUUAAUUCACCUGGUGGGAAUGGAGGUCUGCAAGGUUUAGGCCAAUUUGCUACACCACCCUGCUUUAUGCCUUCCCAGGAACGUCUGCCUACAGAUUUGGAUAUUGAGAUGUUCACUGAAAACCUGGACUGUGAUGUGGAUUAUAUUAUCAACAGUGAUCUUAUGGAUGGAGACUUGGUUGACUUCAACUUUGAUCCCAUCAUACAGAGUGGGCAGGGUUAUACGGGGCCAGCGACCACACAAAGUUCCUCCCACAACUGGGUGCCUAGCUAACUCUAUAGUUAAAAAUGAGGACAGGACAGUCCCCCGUCCUAGGCACAAAACAUUGAAACAACUGUGGCACAUUGCCUAGACAUAUUCUCAAAGUUUUGCCUCUACAUUUGCCAUUGUACCUCAAAUACAUAAACUGCUUUGGCCAAGGACAGCACACACUUGGCCAAAAAGUCUUGUGUCAGAAUUUUCAAUUAGAUGACGAAAGCAAACCUCAUUCAUGUCAAGUGCCAAUGUCAACUUUGACGGAACAUGGUCUUGAAACAUAUUUUAUUCUUUUUUGCAUUGAAAGUUACCAUUUAUUUGGAGUUGUCUUGGCCAAUUGAGAGAAAACACAGACUAGAGAAGCACAACUAAUAAACAACUAAUCAUGUUUAUUACAGCAGUGCCUGUGAUUAGUACUACCAGAGUUGUGUAAGAUGGAGAAAGUACUCCUCCUUGAUCUUCUUUACCCUGAAAAUGGAGCUCAUUCAGCCAAGAGGAUCAAACUCUGCAGCUUUUGUUUUAUGUGAACGCUCAUUUGUUGAUCAGCAGCUGAUGGGUCUGAGCAGUCUUUUUAGUCACAAUACUCCAUUGAUGAUGUGAUUUCACAAUUACACAGUUGACCUGUUGACAUGAUGUGAUUGCUCUCCGACCCCCUCUGAAGAGGAAAACAACAUUCCACCAUAGGAAUGUUAUGUUGAGAACAACAUGAUACUCUCCAUCCUCACCAUCCAACAUGAUCCUCUGAGAGGCAAAGGUCCAAGAAUAUAGUACAUGGUUGAACAGUUUACUGUGUGCUCUAAAAAGCUCUCUCUAUCAGUGGUACGAAGUAUACACUUGUUUCUUCUACAUGAAAGGGGGCGAAACAUUGCUGAAUGAUUUCAUGGUGGUUUGGUAAAGCUGUGGUGUUCAAUGUGCAAUUUUGGCUUUCAUGACCUCAGCUCUCAAGAAGGUGUAUUUCCUCUAUUGUACUGAAAAGUAGAGGCUGAUUCUCGAAUGAUUUAAUUGUCUGCUCUUAAAGGAAUAUUUAGUUCAAUACAAGUUAAGCUUAAUCGAUAGCAUUUGUGGCAUAAUGUUGAUUACCACAAAAAUUAAUUUCGUCUUGUCCCUCCUUAAAGGGGUCAUGACAUGAAGAAUCAAAUAUUCCUUGAUCUUUUCUGUUUCGUUUCAGAACUCAAAACUUCUUCCUCACUGUAAAAAAAGAGCAUAAAAACCAAGCUGACAAAACAUUCUCUAAUUCCUUUACAUUGUGAUGUCACACUGUGGUAGACAUCUGCAUCUGAUCACCUCCACAACAACACAUUUACGCCUUCUUUACCUUAUCACUUCCAUAGCCCUGCGUGGUGUGCAGUGAGAUGGUAAGCAGAGAGAGCUGGUCUGUCAAAAGCAGAGAGCCAAUCAGAACAGUGGGCGUUUAUUGUCAAGUCAUAAAGGAGAAGCAGCACCAAAACCGAGUGUUUCUGACAGAGGGUCAUAAUGUGGGUGGAAAAUGCCAUUUUUUUUUUUUUUUACAAAUAUAUGGCUGUUUUUUGUGCAAAAUGCUUUACUACUACUAUAAGUGAACCUUAAGGAACAUAUUAAAAUAAUUUAAAAAAGGCAUGUCAUGACCCCUUUAAAAAGAGCAAAAAUAUUGGUUACAGUGAGGCACUUGCAGUGGAAAUUAAUGGGGCCAAUCUGUAUAUGUUCAAAUACUCAAUGUUUCAAAAGUUAAGCAAAAGACGUAAACAAUAUUUGUGUUAACAUGAUUUUAAUGGAAUAAAAUCAUCAUGUAACGUCAGUAACAAAGUUAAUCCAGCUUGAACAUUAGUCUGCCGCAAAAAUGAACAUUUAAACAACUUUGCAGCUCAAAUAAUACACAAGUUUUAACAAGUUUUUAUAAAAUUAUAAGCUUCACAUUUCUGCCUUUAAACCCUCCAAAACUUGGCCCCAUUCACUUCCAUUGUAAGUGCCUCACUGUUACCUCAGUUUUUGCUUUUUUGAAGAACAGGAGUGACAAGUCUAAAUUAUAUUUGUGGUAAUCAACAUAAUGCCACAAAUGCUGUUGAUUUUGCUUACCUUGUAUUGAACCCGGAAUAGUCCUUAUAUGUUUGCUAGUGAUGACAACAGUGUAAAGAAAUGUGAUUUUACAUAGGGCAUUUUGAUGCUUUUUUUGAUUCCUUCAACAGGUAAAAUGACAUAGUGUUAUUGUUGGAAAUUGAGUGCCCUUUUGCUGAGAUGCAAUAUCUGAAGAUUUUGUGUGUGUGUGUGUGUGUGUGUGUGUGUGCAGAAGGGUGUGUGUGAGAAACAUGUAAUGCUCCCGAAACUUGAUUCCAACACACUGAUAACAGAAUUCAAGGUUAUGCUGAAUAAUUUCAUUUAAAAAUCAAGUCAUUUUAUGUACUAUUUGUGAGUUUGAAGAGAACAGCUACAAUAAUGAGUACUUUUAUGAGACGUUAUGGUUCCUUGGGCAUAUAGACUGUGCCCACAGGGACACAGGGCAUGAAGACAUUUUUUUUUUCUCAUUGAUCAGUUUUAUAUAAACAGCACUACUCGUCAUUUGUAGAAACAUUAUUAAAGAACAAAAACAGUUGAACAGUUGAAUCAAUUAUAAUUCUAAUGUAUGAUUUAGUUUGGGCUGUUACUAUUAACAGAUACUAAUAAGAAAUGUGCUGUUAAUGUUAUUUUUUAAUCUGAGCAGAAGCUAUUUCAGAUCAUUUUUAACGGUAAUUUUCUAUGUAAUUUUUUAUUUUUGUAAAAAAUGAUGCAUGUAGAUUUUAUACAUAACCAAAGGAACACUAAAAACUGCAUGCCAGACAGUGAGAGCAGGGGAUAGAGGCAUUGCAGUGCAGAUAAGCUUUACAAAACUGUUCAGAAACUGUUCUCACCAUGUAAACUAAAUCACAAAUUGAUAAACUGCAUGAGCGUAUUUAACAGAAAACCAUGCUCUAACAUUUUAAAUUUGCUAUAAUUGGUUAUGCUGGAAGAAAAAACAAACAAAAAAAAAAACAGUUUUGCAUUAUGAGCACUUAUCAAUGUCUAGGCAAUGUAACUGAUUUCAUCUCAAAAAGCAAGACUGGUCCAACCGAAAAUUAAAAAUGCAAUGUUUCACUCUCAGGGUUAUGAAAAAUAAUUAAACAACUUCUGCAAGGAAGUAAUGAGAUAAUCAUUUUGUGACUUCUUUGCUCAUGGCCUUUUCUAAAUUAUGAAAGUCAUUUAUGCAAGCCAACCAGCACAGAUAUUGUAACAUUGCAGAAAUAUAUCUAAUUUUGCAGUUUAUUAUGAGAGAUUUAUCUAAUGUAUGCAUUUGUAGAAUUCCUACAAAAACCUGUAAACUGCCAAUGAACACUAUAGCAUGUUGCUCCAGAGCAAACCAUUAAGUUUUAAUGCCCUUUUCAACAUGGACCUUUUUUGUAGUAGAAGGAUGAUAUUUUAUUUAAUUAUUUGUUCAGAUGGGUUUUACACUUCGUUUAAAGCCAACAUUCUGAAUUAUUUUUUUUUUUUUUUUUUUUUUUUGGUGGUGUAUAGAUUAGCUGGAUAUUAGUUGAUCUUUUCACUUCAAUGUAAGGGUCUGAGUGCAUUAGAUAAACUGUUAAUGCACCCUCUCCUUACACAGGAAUCAUUUUUCUCAUUCAUCGGUGCUAGUUAUUAAACAUGACAACUAAAGAGGGCCAUAUUCGAUUGGUGCAUAUUUAGAUAUCAGGGCCUUGAAUAAUUUUAUGCAACACUUAUUGAGUAUCAUUUCUUAAUGGAGAAAAAAGUAUGAUAAAUGUACCUACAUUUUAAUUCUCAGUUUUUGUAUAUCAUAAAUAAAGCUGUGAAUGGGGAGGGAGGGGCUCGGCCAUGUAGACACAUAAGAUGUAUCAGUGCACCUCAUGAAUGGUGUCUGGUGUAAUGUUUGUUGCAGCAGUUGAUUUCAGGCUGAAUUUGAAUCAACGUUUACAUCAAUGUGCUUGUCUUUUGGGGCAUACCUUUUCUCAUGUUUGCAUUUGUACAUGUAAUUGCUGUUUAUACCUGCAUGUUACAUCUUUCAGAAAAUUUGAUGAAAUGAAUUUCCUCAAGUGACUUGACUGAAUACAGAGUAUUUGGUCAAGCUGAAAGUGGAUUGUUAGGGUUAACACCUUGGCUAGGUUUCGCUUAUUAAAGAACAUGAGUUGACUGGAAUGUUGAAUAUUGUAUUAGCCCCAUCAGACAGAAUUUACAGGGCCGCUGCAUGAAAUGCAGGAAUUUAACACCUUUCCUCUCUCCAUAUCACUCUUACUAUCCUUGUUUGACAUUAGCUUUUAUUUUUUUUCCUUUACCUUCUUUAGAACUCUUUUUGUUCCUUUAAAUUUUCAAGAGUUUGUUGAAUAUCCCAGCUAAUAACACAAGAUGGGGGGGGGUUAUGGCAGGAUGUAAGACUGACGAGUUGUGCAUAGCCUAAAUACUGUAUAUGUACUUGAUUGCUUUUUUUUUUUUUUUUGUCCCCCUCUACUUUGUUAGCCAGAGGUCACUGAAAGCAGUCCAGCAUAAUAGAAAUAAAUCUAAUCUGGUAAACUCA